CGCCAAGGUGCGAGCUUUGCUUUCUGCUGACUCCAUUUCUCUCAGAGGAUUAAGAACACAGCCUCUCUCUCUCUCGCCCACAGGCACCCAAAUGCACAAAGCGGACGUCGGCAGGAGAAGCACAACCAAGAGAAAGAGAGAGAUGGCCGACCGAUUUUUCCCCAAUGAGUUACCUGACUUCGUCGCUGGCCCCGGAGCAACUGCCGAUGCUUCAAAAGUCCCAGUCAUCGAUAGAACAGAAGAUUCACUCACCAAGCUCCUCUUUCUUCCCGACGAGACUUUUUUCGAUAAACUAGAGAGAUCAGCUCUGGACAUAAAACAAACCGUACUUUAAUAGCUUUCUAUAACGUGUCUACACCUGGGUUUUCACUUUUUUGCUUUCUCUUGCUUUAAAGUUCUAAUUUUGAUUCAUUUUAAGAUUUAUCCAUCAACAGGCUUUGCAUCAGACACAUGGGUAGACUUGAAUUUCUCAUGAUAUGUCUAUUGGGGUUUUGUGUGUAUUUGAGGGUUCUGUAAAUGAACAUUAACGUUAACUUUCUUCUUUUUUGCUUUCUCACCUUCAUGAAUUCUAUACAUAACUCUUCGCUCAAAGAAAAAAAAUGAUCUAUAGUUGAAGUUUGGGCUCUGGGUGUUAUGCGUCAAUUAGGAGGAAGUCGACUAGGAAAGUAGGGAUUAGGAAACAGGAAUUCCUAUACGGAGAAAUGAGGAAAGUAGAAUUGAUAGAAAAGUAGUUAAAACAGUUAAGUAGGCGUGUAUAAAUACUUGUAUUCAGAAGAUACAAGGCAUCAAGAAAUGAAAUGAAAUGUUAUUUAACCGGACCACUCUUUGUGAUUCUCCCUCUUUCUUUCUCCUCCCUCUCUCUGCAACGAUUCUAAGAUUAGAUGCAACAAUUCUCAGCUUGUGCAGUCCACAGUCCGCAAAGAAUUUCUCACCUAACAAUUCUGCGAGGAAAGAUGCUUUGUUACCACUGUUAUGUGAGGAAUUUUGUGUUAUCUUCAGUGUUUACUUAACUGUUUUAACUACUUACUGUUAUCAAUUAUAUUUCCCUAAUUUCUCUACGCAGGAAUUUCUGUUUCUUAACCCCGAGUUUCCUAUUCGACUUCCUUUCUUAAUUGACACAUAACAAUCUAUGGGUUUUUGUAGUUGGAUGGACUGUUGGUAUUUCAAUUACAAUGUUUCUUUUUCAUCAACUCAAAUAUGUGGUGAGGGAGACAUGGGGAUUUGGUGGAAAGCGUGUGCAAGAUUAUACUCUUUACACGGGAGUUCUUGGGACCGCUUAUUUGGUCUUUAAAGCUUAUCAAGUCACCAAGAAUCAGAAUGAUCUUCAAUUGGGAUCUGAAAUUGUUAAGGCUUGUGAAUCUGCUUCAAGAGACUCUGGGCGCGUGACUUUUAUAUGUGGAUGUGCUGGUGUUUAUGCUCUUGGUGCUGUUCUGGCAAAGCAUGCCAGUGACAAGAGGCUACUUGAUCGCUACUUGACGCAAUUUAAAGAAAUAACAUUUCCUACUGGUCUUCCAGAAGAGUUACUAUAUGGUAGGGCAGGAUUCUUGUGGGCCUGUUCAUUCUUAAACAAGCAUAUCGGUAAAAACACAAUAUCUCAUGCUCACAUGCAAGCAGUUGUGGAUCAAAUUAUAAGGGCUGGUAGGCAAUUGGCUAGCGAAGGCAGCUGCCCAUUGAUGUAUGAAUGGCAUGGGAAGAGGUACUGGGGUGCUGCACAUGGAUUGGCUGGAAUAAUGAAUGUUUUGAUGGACAUGGAACUGAAACCAGAUGAAUUGGAGGAUGUCAAGGGUACAAUCCGUUACAUGAUUAAAAAUCGAUUUCCAAGUGGCAACUAUCCAUCGAGUGAAGGAAGCGAAUCUGACCGCCUUGUACACUGGUGCCAUGGUGCUCCAGGGGUUGCCCUUACCCUCAUAAAAGCAGCUGAGGUUUUUGGAGACAAGGAGUUCUUGCAAGCAGCUGUGGAUGCAGGGGAAGUUGUAUGGAACAGGGGUCUUCUUAAGCGAGUGGGCAUUUGUCAUGGUAUUAGUGGGAACACUUACGCGUUUCUUUCACUUUACCGGUUAACAGGAAAUGCAAAAUAUUUACACAGGGCCAAAGCAUUUGCCUCCUUUUUAGAUGACAGAGCCCUUCAAUUAAUACAAGAGGGAGAGAUGCAUGGAGGGGAUCGCCCCUAUUCACUCUUUGAAGGUAUUGGAGGACUGGCUUAUAUGUUUCUUGACAUGAAUGUACCAUCUGAAGCUAGGUUUCCUGCUUAUGAACUUUAAGCUUGUUUUAUGAAUGGGAGAAAGGUACAUACAUGAGAAAGCUUAAUGACAUUAUUGUGAUAUAUGAAAAGGUGGUGUUAGAUA